CUCUCUCUCUCUCCUCAAAACUCUUUUUUCUCAACUUUUCCACCUCUUCUGUCCUGUCUUCAAGCGGAACAGCAUAGAAAUAAUUAGCAAGAAUGGAAGAAGAAGUACUGAGCAGGUCUUUGAUUCUUGAAGAAAAAUCUGAAAUUAAUGGUUGCUCCGCCACCACACCGGUGGUUCUCCUCAGCAUCUUUGUGGCUGCCUCCGGUUCCUUCACUUUUGGGUGUGCUGUUGGAUAUUCAUCUCCUGCAGAGUCUGGUAUCAUGAAUGACCUAGGCCUCUCUACUGCAGAGUACUCGGUCUUCGGUUCAGCACUGACAAUGGGAGGAAUGUUAGGUGCAGUAAUAAGUGGAAAAGUCGCGGAUCUCAUUGGCCGGAGAGGUGCUAUGUGGUUCUUGCAAAUGUUUUGCAUCGUGGGGUGGCUUUCAAUAAUUUUUGCGAAGGGAGCUUGGUGGCUUGACAUUGGAAGACUAUCAUUGGGAGUUGGAAUUGGGAUUAAUUAUUAUGUGGCAGGCAUAUAUAUAGCAGAAGUUACACCUAAGAAAAUUAGAGGAGGAUGUACAUCAUUUAAUCAGCUAUCAAAAUCUUUUGGCAUGUCACUGAUGUUUUUCAUUGGAAAUGUCAUUACUUGGCGCUUCUUGGCUUUAAUAGGAAUUGUACCAUGUCUGGUACAAGUUGUUGGAUUGUUCUUCAUACCCGAGUCUCCAAGAUGGUUGGCAAAGAUUGGUAAAGAAAAAGAGUCAGAAGCGACUUUGCAACGUCUGAGGGGGGAAAAAUGUGAUAUUUCUCAAGAAGCAGCUGGAAUAAAGGAGUAUACAGAAAUUCUUCAAGGACUCUCACAAUCCAGAAUUUUAGACUUGUUUGAGCGAAGAUAUGCUCACUCACUCAUUGUUGGAGUCGGGAUAAUGUUACUGGUACAAUUUGGUGGGAGCAGUCCAACUGCAUUUUAUGCAAGUGCUAUUUUUGAAGCUGCUGGUUGCUCAGCUAUUGUUGGCACUACAGCAAUGGCUACUAUUCAGGUUCCAUUUGCCAUUUUGGGUGUACUCUCAAUGGAUAAAUUUGGACGACGACCACUUCUGAUGGUUUCUGCAGCAGGAGCAUGUGUGGGAACCUUUCUCGCGGGACUUGCAUUCCUCUUGCAGGAUUUUCAUCAACAGGAGGAGCUCACUGCCAUAUUGAUUCUGAGUGGCUUACUGGUGUUUUCUGCUGCUUAUUCAAUGGGUCUGGGUGGUACACCAUGGGCUAUCAUGUCAGAGAUAUUUCCUAUAAGCAUAAAGGGUUCAGCUGGAAGCUUGGUGACUUUCGUCAACUGGUUCGGUUAUUGGAUUGUUUCCUACACUUUUAACUUCAUAUUUGAAUGGAGCUCAGCAGGAGUAUUCUUCAUGUAUGCAACCAUUUGCGGUUUACUUGUUCUAUUUGUUGCAAGAGUGGUGCCAGAGACAAAGGGAAGAACAUUGGAAGAAAUACAAGCAUCCAUGAUUGAUAUAAUCCAAUGAGAUCCAGUUACGAAAACUAAACAAAUCUUAUAAUGUUUCCAUUUUUUUGUGAUUUCCAUGAUAAACCUACUUGGGCAUCCAAAUAUUACCACUAAAAAUGUCCCAUUUAAUAUCAAUAAUGUGCUACUUUUAGUGGUGGAAUUUUCAGAUGAUUAAGUAGUUACACUGAACAUGCCUAGGAAUAACAUAGUUUUUGUUAAGCGUAU